AGACAGAAUGCUUUUCCCUCCCCCUUCCCGGCCAUCGUCUUAGCGAUCGCCAUUCGCCAUUUGGUCUAAAUUGCUGUUUGUCAACGGUUUUCAAAUAUUCUUGCCCGUAAAGUAUUAUCAAAAUUAUUUUUAAUACCAUUUUCAAAUCUGAAUAAUCAUAAAGAUACAAAUAUAAAACAUUGGACGUAUUUUAAAUUAUACCUUCGUUUUAGAAUUAGGUAACAUCUCUUCUGGAAAAAAUAUGUGAGUAUUAUUUUCGUUUGUAAUAAAAAUGUUUUAAUCGAAAUAGCCCUUGAUUUUUUGUGCGAAACCAUGUGGGAAAGGCAAUAAGGAAAACUAAGCCAGAUAAACUUAUCUAGACUUCAAUAAAACAUUUUGGUAUCAAAAUAUCAAUAAAUAUAAAUCAUAAUAAUAAUUAUUAAAAUGAUCACAUUUUAGAUUAAUUCCAAAAAUGCUAUUUUUCAAGGUUUGUGUACAAUAAUUUCAAAAAUAACUAUUGUAGAUAAGUUUUGAUUAAACCAUUGGAUUAAGCAUUAAAAAACACAAAUUUUGAAAAAAAAAAAAAAAUGGAAAAUGUUGAAUUUUCACUACGAAAUAUGUGAAACAGAAACCACGAAUUUCAUGAAAUUUUCGCCCAUAACUUCCAAACGAAUUUCAUACAACUUUUUUUUUUUUUAGAUUUUAAAUGUACAGGCAAAAACACACAUUUAAAAAAAAAAAAAAAAAAUUGAAAAUCAAGCUUGGGUACUAAACUAUAUUUUUACCUAGGUAUAUUAGUGUGAGAGGCAGAUUACAUUAAGAGGACAUAAACAAAUUAUAAUCAAAUUUAAAAAAACUGACAUAUUUUGCACUGUUGUAGGUGAGUAGUUAAGAAGGUAGAGGGGAAAUUUAAUGUAUAUCUGUACGCAACGAUUAACCAAAAACAAUUCAUUCUGAGUAGAAUUCGGUUAAUAGUGUUGCUUUGUCAACAAUAUGUAAUAUGCAUUAUUUAUUAUUUUCUUUAAUAAUAUUUAUUUAGUAUUGUAUCUAAUUUACAUCAAUAUGAUAGUCCAAUAUGCUACAAAUAAUUUUUGAGUUUUUAAGUUUUUAAGAAACAAUUCUGAGCAGAAUAUUAUUAGUUUAUUUUUGCUCUCUUUAAUUUUUUUUUAUUUAACGUUGACUCUUAAAUUAUAUAGAAAUAAAAUUAUAUUACAUGUUAGUUAGAAAUCAGUCUUACUUGUUUUUUUUUUUUUUCUAUGAUUUUAUCCAUUAACAUUUUUUUCCAACGUAGUUCGUAAUGGAACAUCAGCUCCAGACUAAUUUACUGGUUUAUUUCUUAUUGGUGGGUUUAUUUGUCCUUAAUGUCUAUCUUAUCUUAUCCAUACUUCACACUUUAUAUUUUGUAUCUUAAUUACACGCACAUACAUUAUACACAACACAUUUCAAUUGUAUACAGUAUAAUUUGUAAUUAAUAAUUAUUUAGAUAUUUAAGUGGAAAAUUAAUAAUACCAAAUUUAAAAAAAGAUAAUUUACAUUCAAGUAGGCAAUUAUUUUGUUGCUAACACACUUCAUGGUACCUAACAUACUUAUUCAGAACUAUAGAUCUAAAUAUUCUAAACUGAAGAGUAAUUUUUUAACUAGAACUUUCUAACAUAGGUAUUAUUUACUUUAUUGGCAUGUGACAUGUGUGACACAAUUAUUUAAUAUUUAAUCUUUAUAUUUUAUCAAUUUUUCCACCAUUGUACAAAUUCCUUGUUUUGAAUGUUUAUGCAUUAAAUUAUUUUUUUCCUAUACACAACCAUUCAUUUAGUAUGUAAAUCAGUAAACAAUUUUAAAUGGUUUCCUUUGUAUUUAAAAGGUAUUUGUUUUGAUUAGCAACCUGAUUAGCAAUAAUAAGCAUUAUUUCAUUGUGACAUUUUUUUAUUUAGCUAUGAAUAAUUGUUUAGAAUUUUGUUCUAGUCAAAAUUUCUUCUGAAAUGAAUACCUUCAAAAAUAACAAAUCAUUGCUCUAAGUUUCUUGAUAAUAACCAGUUUUGUUGUAUACCUAAAUGAUCUUCAUGUAAUAACUGCUUUAGUGAAAAAUUCAAUCUUGCAAUAUUUUGAAUGCAGCACUCAAACGGACAUAGUUUAUAAACAGAUAUUCCCAUUCAUUAAAUUUUAUUUGAGAAAUUACAGUAAUUUGAUUUCACAGGUCCUUUGAUGUUGUUGUUUUAUUAUUUUCUAAAUAAUCACCAUAUUACCUAUUUUAAAAUUUUUAAGUUUUUAAAUUUGGAAUCUGUCGAAUUGACUGUUCCUUUAGAUAUCAAGUGUCCCCUGGGUGAUUAUUUGUCCAUCCAACAUUUUAAUAUUUAUGUAAAAUAUAAAUGAUCUUCCUAAUAUCCUUCAGCACUCUCAACUGUUUGUUGAUAAUACAAAGCUUCAGAGCAUAUAUUAUUUUUUACAAAUCCUCGAAUUUCGAUAUUUUUGCCUCAAACCUAUAACUUGGAUCCAUUUCCUUAACUCUUGAGUUAGGUGAUCCACUAAAUGUAACAAACUACUGUUUUAUCACCAUCCUGUCCCACAUUUCUAAAACUGUUAAAAUAAUCGUGAUUAAAUUAAUUUAUCCAUCUAUUAAUCUCAUUCUUGCCGUGAAACAACGCGGAUUCCGACCUGGCCAAUUAACCACAAGUCUACAACGUGCAACUUGGAUCUAUUUACAUAUAAGGCUCCUGUGACAACUACCAAGUUAAUGCGUUCCAUACUAAUUUUUCUAAAAUGUUGACUAGGUAAAUUGAUCUUAUCUGAUCAAAACUCUUGAUCUUCUUGGUAUCAGUGACCCAUUACUAUCCUGGCUGAAUUCUUAUUUAGUUAAUCAGUAAAUACAAUAAGUUUAUUGUUAUUAUUCAUUGAUACCAAAUAUUAUUUAUUAUUGUAGUUAUACAGUAAUUUUGUAUAUUUGUUGUAGCUGCGCUCUUAUUGGUCAAUUUCAAAUUGCCACGUAUUUUAUAUAUUUGUAGAGUUAUUUUCCACAAGUAUUAGACAAAAUUUAAUUUAUCUAAAAAUUACAUCUACAUUAUGUGCAAAACUUUGAUUGGUAAACAUAAUCAUGACAUUAAAAUCAGUGGCUUCCUCAAUGAUAUUACUUAUAGGUAAUGUCUACAUCUUAAAAUUGGACAUUUAAAAUAAUCAUUUGGUAUAUUAUUAAAGAUGGUAAUAAUAAAUAUCUGCAGUUAUAAAUUAUUUUUUUUCAUUAACGAAAAUCACAGUAGAGGGUGUUGAAAUAAACACUUAAUCAUAUUAUAAUUUAUAGUGCCCACCUAGCUAAAGUAUUUUUAAUAAUUAUAAAUGUAUUAUAAAUAAUUUGUUUUAAUUUAAUAAUUAUAAAUAAAAUAGUAUAUACAUAAUGAUAAUAGCAAACAAAUACAAAUGAAAUAAACUGUUCAGCAUAAAAUAUAUAGAAACAAAUGACACUUAAUUUUAAUAGUUUGGUAGGUACUUAAAAAUUAUUCCAAUUUUAUGAUGAUCUGCCAUGAUAAGUAGCAUUCAUUUGGUUUUUAUUAUUAUUAUGAUUAAGAUUAUAUAAAUAAUUUUUUUAAUUUUGCAUUUUUCGUUUUUUGGAGGUCGCCCAAACGGAACCUUUCUUGAAUCUUAAGUUAAUCCUUUUUAUUUCCUAGAAAUAGCAGUCGGUUGAACUUUAAUUUGGCUUCUUAUUUUGUUGAAUAAUGUAAGACUAAGACUUCAAUUAAUAUUUACAAUGAUGUUAUCUGUUGUGUAUUUUUUAUACAUUUUUAUUUGAUAGCAAAUUUUUCACAAAUUUUUAAUGGUACAUAUAAAUAGUCUUCCAAUUUAUUGAAUUAAUUUUUUUAUGUUUCUUGUUACAGUAUUAUUCCUUUCAAUUUCAUUUUUUAUAUUAGAAAUAUCAGUCAAAUUUGAACUGUCUUCAAAGUUAACACUCAUUUUAUUAAUUGGUAACCACAAAAGCAAAAUAAAUUACAAUUGUUCAUGUUUUCAAUGAAUUGUAUUACACAUUUGAAUUUUUAAACAACUUUAAAAAUAAAUUAUAAUAUUAUUAUUAAUUAUUAUUUUUGUUGUUUACCAGUAAAUACAACUUUUAAUGACCAUUGUAUAAAAUAACUGAGAAGUUUUACAGAACUAAAAAUUUUGUAAUCAAUAAGGUCCAAAAAAAAAAAAUCCUUACUCAAUGCAUUAAUUACAUACAAUUUUCUACUUGAAACCACACGCCCUAAUGAAUCUAGACAGUUUUCUGUUCGAAAAAUUGUUUAAAAUUGUUUAAUAAAAAAAAAAAAAAAAAGCACUCAUAGUAAAACCAAUACAGUCCUCACUAUGUUCACUCUCAAUACUUAAUAUAUAUAUACAUUUACCUUUUAUAAAAAAAUAUGUAGUAUAUAUUAUAUUACAUUUUAAAUAUAAUAUUAUUUAUGAUAAUUAUUAAUAAAUAUUAAAAUAUUAUGUAUAAAAUUCAAUAUUUUUUUCUUUUGCGUUUCUAAAAAUAGUUAUUUUCUUUAGACUGAAAGGUAUAUACAAUAAAAUGAGUACCAAAACAAAACAAAAAAAAAUUGGUGAUUACGUCAAAACUACAGAAAAUUCAAUGAAAAGAGGUCGUGAAAAGGAUGGCGAUGAUUCAGAAUCAAAAAAACCAAAAUCAGGACAAGUUGAUUUAAGCUCUAUUAAUUUUGGUUGUGACAAAAAAAAUUCUAAAGAUAAACCUUGGACUAUGAAAAUAGUCUCUUGGAAUGUUGCUGGUAUGAGAGCAUGGCUUAAGGUAAAGGAAUAUUGCUUAAUUUAAUAAUUUUUAAAUUAAAAACCUUUGUUUUUUUUUUUCUUCAAAAUUAUUUUGAUCAUGUAUACUAGGGUGUCCCUUAUUUUACUAUAGAAAAAUUGUUUUGCAUUUUUGUUAGUCUCACCUCCUGACUUUGUGUGUAUGCAUAAAAAAAUUGAGCUACAAAAAUGUUUAAAGUGAAAAUUAAAAUUUGUAAGUUUUAAAAAAAAUAAAAUUGUCCAUAAAUUAUAUUUUUUAUUUAUUUUCAUUUAUUUUCACAAGACAUGUUGACUGGUGCAAGUGCUAACAGUAUUUUUUUAUUGUGUGAGAACGUUAAAACUUAAAACAAAAGAAAGUGCAUUGUUAGUCAUUUGUGAGUGCAAUAUUUUCUGAGAAAAAGCUCGAAUUCUUGUCUGAGCAGUUCAACAUUGUAUAAUUAAACUAUUAAAUUUGUAUGAAGAAUGACGUGAUGCACAAACGAAUUCACAAAAAUUAAGUGAUUAAUUUAGAUUAAAAGAAAUAUAAUUCAUUAAUAAAUUUGACAAUGUAUUUAAUAUUGUACAUGCUAAUGCUUUAAAUAUAAUGAAAAUUGAAAUUAUAAACAGUUAUUAAUUAAUCAAAGACUUCUUGGUUGUAUUGGUUGUCUUGGUGGUGUUUAAAAUGUUUAAAACUAUAAAAAUGAACAGUUUAAAAUUUUAAAAGCCACCAUGAAAAAAAUAAGUAAUCAUCUAUGGUACUUAUCAGAAGAGACAACAACAUUAGUUUUUUUUGACGAAACAUUACCAAAUGAAAUUAAAAGAUUAAUGGUACAGUCACUUAACAAUGAAGGAAAUAUCCAACCAACUAAGCGUUUUAUUGUUUAUUUUUAAGAUUUUCGCAAAACUUUUUCAAGUAUAUAACAAUAGUUUUUGUUAUUUAGUUAUUAUAUAAACUAUAUAUAAAAUUAAUAUUAAUAAAAAAAUAAUCAAACAUUUUUUUUAGAGAAAACACUGGCCUUUCACACAUUAAAGUAAAUAUACAUAUCUUGUAAAUGAAAAUAAAUAAGAAGUAUAUAAGAAUAUAAUUUAUAGACAAUUUUAUUUUAUUAAUAAAAUACCAUGUAACAAAUUUCAAUUUUUUUGUAUGUAAAUGAAAUAUUUAUAAAAAUUUGAAAUAUAUCAUUAAAUUACAAGUAAAUUAAUGUACUCAAGUUUUAAAUUUAAGUCAGCACGGGUUAACCUUAAUUAAUCGUUCUAAAACUUUUUGUAGCUCAUUUUUUUUAUGCAUAUAUACAAAAUCAGAGUGUGAGACUGAAUAAAUAUUGAAAUUUAUAAUUUAGGGACACCUAUCGUAUAAAUAUAUUUGUCUUUCUAAUAUUAUUUUGAAAUUUUAGAAAGAUGUUAUAGGAUAUCUCAAAAAGGAGGAUCCAGAUAUCUUUUGUUUGCAAGAAAUUAAAUGUACAGAAAAACAAAUGCCAGAAGAAGCUAAACUAUCUGGAUACAAAAUUUAUAUUAAUCCAGGUAAAAUUAUAUUUAUUUAUACUGUAUGAUAAUUAAGAAUAUAUGUAUUGAUUACAAAAACAUUUAACUUUCAAAUUUUAUAAUUUUAUCUAAUUUUUAACUAUUUGUAUGUCUUUUAAAAAAUGUCAUCUAUUUGUGAUAGAUAAGCAAAAAUACUCAACACAAAUUGACAGAAAAAUGUACCUAUUUUAAAAUAAGAAUAAAAUGGUUGCUAUUUAUAUUGAUAGGGUAUGUGAGAUUGUUCACUAAUAGUUAACUGAAUUUCAGCACUCAAUGACAAGGAGAACUUACCCCAAAACAUUUGAACAAUUUAAAGCUCUUAUUUUGUAUUUAAAAAAACAGAUCGUAAGAUACUAAUCUGUUUUUUUUCGGCUGAGCAUCAGAUUAUUAAUAAUCAAAAAUAAAAACAAGUGUUUAGGUAAAUCUUACAACUAUAGGGUCUAUUUACACUGAUUAAUAAUCCAACUAUAAAAUAUUUUACAUAAUUAGUUGAUUAUAAUAUCCGAAAUAAAAACUAUUAUCCUGGGAAAAUUUUUAUCUUUUUAUUGUAUCAUAAUAGCUCUCGCUUUGUUCAGAAUCUAUUUAAAAUAUAAAGUUGGAUAAGUACAAAAAUAAUUUGUAGGGGUUACUGUUGUUAAAUGUUUGUAUUUUAAAAUGUUCAAAUUAUCACUAAUAUACAGAUAAAAAUAUGUUUUAUAAUACUUAUUUCAAAUUUAUUUUUGACUUAUUUGUAGGAGAAAAAGCAGGUUACUCAGGAGUUGCAUUAUUUUCUAAAACAAAACCUAUUCGUGUAAGGAUGGGAAAAGAAAUAAAAGAAUUGGAUGACAAUGAAGGCCGUGUUAUAGAAGCAGAAUAUGAACAAUUUUUCUUAGUUUCUACUUGUAAUACUUUAAUUUUUUAUGUAUAUAUUUUAAAUUGCAUUAUUACCUUUUAGACUAAAAAUUUGAAUUUAUUUAGAUAUUCCAAAUGCAGGCCAAGGGUUAAAAACACUACCAAAAAGAAUGAAAUGGGAUGAGAAAUUCCGUAAUUAUUUAAAAGAGUUAGAUGAAAAAAAACCAGUUAUACUUACUGGGGAUUUGAAUGUUGCUCACCAAGAAAUUGGUAUAGUAGAAUUUAUUAUUUACAAUUUAUUACUGUGUAUGCUUACUAUUUUAAUAUAUAUAUAUAUAUAGAUAUAGCAAAUCCAAAAACAAAUACAAAAAGUGCUGGCUUUACUAAAGAAGAAAGAGAUAAUAUGACAUUACUUCUUGAACAAGGAUUUGUUGAUACAUUCAGAACAUUAUAUCCAGAGAAAACUGGUGCUUACACUUAUUGGACAUACUUUAGCAAUGCAAGAGCCAGAAAUGUUGGAUGGUUAGUAGUUGUUAAACAUUAAUAAUAUUUUAGUUUGAUGGAAUAAUAAAAAGCCCCUAAACAAAUAGCUAUAGUACUGUAAUAUUGCAGAUACUGGAAUUUUCUUAAACGGUUUUCAAGUGAUCUAGGCCCUAGGGAAUCAGAUCUUUAUAUUUUAUACCCUGACUUCGCCAUUUCUAGGAAUCAUAGAUAGUAUAUUAUAGUUGUAUCGCUUUAAGGAAAUUUAUCUAUAUAUGUAUUUGAAUGUUGUGUAUGUACGAGAUCAAUUCAGUAUCUGAUCUUAAUAAACUAUAAUGUACAUAUUGUUAUAAACUUAUUACAUUUUUUUUUUUUUUUUAGGAGACUGGAUUAUUUUUUAUUAUCUGAAAGAUUUAUGGAAAAUGUGUGCGAUUGUGUGAUAAGAAGUGAAAUACUAGGUAGUGACCACUGUCCCAUAGUGUUUUACAUUAAUAUUUGAGUAGGUAUAACAAUUGUAACUCAACAUAAAUUAUAAUUUAAACAAUUAUUCGUUAUAUAAUAAUUGUUCUGUAUUUAUUUAUUUUUUUUUUUUUUCAUAUAAUUUCAAAUUAAUUUAAAUUGAUCAUCAUAAUGUAAUUAUGUGACUGAAAUACAAAAAAAUAAAAAUAGUUUAUCAAUUUAAACUGAAUUAUAUUAUAAAAAUCAUUCAAAACCAAACAAAACCUUAUGAGACCCAUCUAUUAUCUUAGUGAUAGCAUAGGAUAAAUAGACUAUUAUAUACUGAAACCACGUUAAGAAGGUAACCGGUCGCACAGAAAAGAUCCGCCUAUUUCAACAUCGCGACCUCAUGAUCCACAAUGAAAACAAACAUUACUUAUUUACUUAUACAAAGUGCACAUUAAUUGUAUGCACCUUGUGUGUAGUAUAAGUUUUAUUAUUCAUUUUUUUCUUCAACGUGUAUUAAUUGUAGACACCAUGCCAGUAUUAUAUGUUUCAUUAUUAUUAUUAUUAUUUUUUAAUAAACUAAUAGUACUGAAGGAAUUGCAUUCAACUACCGUAAU